UCGAUGUGCUUAGGUCUUUGCCUGAUGAGACAUGGGACCAUUUCAAGCUCACAAUGACACACAAUGAAAUAGUUAAAACCUUUAAUGAUUUGAAGUGUCAUCUUGAGCUUGAAGCCGAGCGCCAAGAUGCUAAGCGAGGCAAUGAGGUUCUCGUGAUUGAACCUGGCCAGCGCCAGACAAUUGGGUCUAAGCGCAAAAGGCAAGGUGGGGAGGCUAAGCAUGGAGAAGCUAGAGAUAAUGCGCCAAAAGAAUGUGUUAAGCGCUGCAAAGGCAAUAAGGAUGAAUCCAAAGUCACUUGCUACAACUGUCAGAAGAUUGGACACUUCGCUCGUGAUUGCACUGAGCCGAAGAAGGAGCAACAAAACAUAUAGCACGAGAACGAGGAGGAUUUAUUAAGUAGCGCCGGAUUCCUGUUGGCAGCUAGAGUGUAUUUAUGGGGAAUAGUUCAGCCGAGGAUUUGCUAGGAGUUAGCACUUAUCAGCUAAAGUGCAAAGUGG